GUAGUACUCCCUCCACACUGCACUGCAGUUUUGCCGCUAUUUACCAGCUGAGAACAAUUCAGGUGUGGAACAUCAAUAACUUAAUAUAAUCCUUCUUAAGCUUAGAGCAAGUUGACCAUGGCUGGAAAAAUGGCCCGAAACCCUGCGGACGAGCGCUUCAGAGGCCUCGACUUCGCCCACUCUCCAGAGAUGUUGAGGAUGUUCAACAACAUUUUUGGUCUUCAUGAGUUUCGGGUCAAUCAACUUGAAGCAAUUAAUGCCACAAUUUUGAAAGAAAAUGUAUUUGUUGUUGGUGGUAAUGGUGCUGGUAAAAGCCUGUGCUACCAGCUACCAGCCUGCUUGUCUGCGGGAGUCACUGUGGUGAUCUCUCCACUCAUCUCCCUCAUCCAGGACCAGAUGCAGAAACUCACUGAACUGGGUAUUAAGGCCAGGACCCUCUGGGGCGACCACGGUUACACCGAUGCAGAAAGUAUCUAUGAACAGUUGUCCGAAAAUGAUCCGAUGAUCAAACUGCUCUACGUCACCCCCGAGAAGGUGAGAAUGAGUCGUCCACUGAUCGAGGCUCUGCAGAGCCUGUUAGACCGAGGUCUUCUGGCUCGGUUUGUUAUCGAUGAGGCCCAGUGCAUCAGUCAGUGGGGCGACGACUUCCGGCCAGACUACGGGACGUUGAAUGAGCUGCAGCAGGACUUUCCGGGGGUGCCCAUGAUUGCUGUGUCAGGCCCCAUCGGGCCCCACAUCCAGGAGGACAUCCUCAAAAGGCUGCAGAUGACCAACCUUCAGGUGUUCACCAUGAGCUUUAACCCAACAAAUCUAAAGUAUGCCGUGCCGACCAGGACAACAAUGUAUGGGGAAAUGGACUGCAUUUCCUGGAUCAAGGAGCACUAUCCCCGUGACUCGGGCAUCGUGUACUGCUGGAGACGUGUGGUCUGUGAAUACAUGGCAGACAGCCUGAACGAGGCAGGCCUGCUGGCAUGUUCGUAUCAUGCAGGGAUGCCUAACAGAGACAGAAAGAGCGCACAGAACAAAUGGAAAGAAAAUGAAUGCCAGGUGAUCUGUGCCACCGUAGCCUUUGGCAUGGGCAUCCACAAGCCGGACGUGCGGUACGUGAUCCACACCUUUCUGCCCAAGUCCAUGGAACAGUACCACCGGGAGACAGGGCGGGCAGGCAGGGACGGGAACAUGUCCCACUGCAUCCUGUUUCAUUCCGACAGCGACCAUGGUGUCCUCGAACGUGCCAUCAGAAACGAUGAAUCUGUGGAUGAAAAAUCCAAGGAUGGGGAAUUAGUCAACCUAGAACCAAUGGUGGAAUACUGCUCGAAUAAGAAGGACUGCAGAAGAAUACAACUGCUUACUUGCUUUGGUGGGGUCGACACUGAAGCCAACUUAUGCAAGAAAAACACAGAAGCCAUCUGUGACAACUGCGAAAGAGACAAUGCAGGUGCUGCUGCUACCGGCUGAAAUCCAGGCUUCAGUACCAUCCCUACCCCCCAGACCAAACAACAACCCUUCCUCAAAUCAGCUCAAUAGGAUUCAUCUAAUCAAGUGUAGUUUAAACUCUCCUCUGUCCAAAAUAGACCAUAGAGCCAAGACACAAUGUUCAGUCCUUUUAGUUACAUAUAACACUAUAGGGGGACAUUGAAUCUUUGAUAGAAAUACAUUUAAUAGUCUAAUCGCCAUGUCGGGAAAAUAUUGCGUCAUACCGUGACAUUCCAUUGGGAAGGUCUGGAUGCUAGUAUAGUGAUACCACAGCAUUGCUUGGCUUCUAGAAGGUAAAGCCUUUAAGUUCUUUCUUUUUUUGUGGUUGGUGGCCUGACUGUAUUCUGUGUGCAAUUUGCUGUGUUAUGCAUUGAUUUUAAUAACUGUCAUUAGGGUUUGUUUGAUAACCCCUUUGAGGAAUGGCAUGGCAGUAGCACUAUCCAUUAAUUUCCUUUUUCCAAGUAGAGCACAAUUUUGGGAUUUCUGUGACAUAAUUAAAACAAACUUCUUAAAUAGUAGGCCUAAGGGAGAAAUUUACUACAGGUUUAAAAAUUAUAAUCAUUAUCUUGCUUUUAUCUUUAAUCACAGAGUAUCUAGGUGCCUUACAUCUGAUAUAACUAAUGUUUAAGAUGUAAAUUAUUUAAUUUCAAGUGAUAAAGUCUUUAUCUUUCAAA